UUCAAGGAGAAACAACUUCGCGUGCUUCCGUCGCAAAUCGAUAACAAAAAUUAGUGUGCAAAUUCGCUGCUUUUUAUUGAAAUUGUGUUUACAUGAAAUUUUCAUUCGAAUUUAUCGAAAUACACAUUGAUAUUGUAAUUAUGUCGUAUGAACUGGAAUGUGAAUGAUCAUGUGAAAAGUUUUACAUUGAAGGGGAAAAGUGAUCGCGUAUGUUUUUUAACUCAAUAUGAUUGAUGUUAGUGUAUACGGAAGUCAUGCAAUGCACGCAAGUGGUUUUCAAAACAACGAGUUAGGAUCAGAUGGAUAUACUUACUUUUCAUCGAGUCAUCAUCACCACCAACAUCACUAUUAUCAUCAACGUCAAGCAAUAACUGAUUUUAGUAAUCCGUCGGAAUCGGCAUCCUUCGGUUCCCAUUCGAGCGGCACAACAAACAACAUUGGCAGCAACUGUACAAACUCACCAAAUCCUGGCCCCCAACCUCCAUAUUCUCAUAGUCACUUGUAUAGUCCUUCGGCAGUUGAAUAUGGAAUCACAACAUCGAACUCCCCAUCGGAUCUUUAUUUUGAUAGUGAAACACAAAAUAUGUUUUACAACAACAGUCAAGCUGCAGCCGGUUCGUUUCAACAAACAAGGAUUAUCAGUGCUGACAAUGGCUUAAGUUAUACAAAUCUAGAUUACAUGUACAGCCAACAGGAUAGUGGAGAUAGUCUAAUAAAUCAAGAAAACAAGUUACAUAUACAUCGGUACGGAGCAUUUGGCCUAACCGGUGAACCGGUGAAUUCUAGCGAACUUCCAUUCAAUCACCCUUCUAUUCCAAAUUCCUCUUGGUCUCAUCAGUUGUACACAGAAAAUAAUAACCAUCAAGUGCAACAGAACUGUGUAACAGGUAUCGCAAAUACCGCCAAUACACUCGAUUCACACGCGCUGAGUUCUGCUCGACUAGAAACGGAUACUAAAAUCACCACUGGGAACAGCUCUAAUGCCAAUGACAACGAAAGUAAUCCUUCGAUACUUCAAUUAAGACAUGACCACGCGCAGCAACAAAACCAACAUAAUGCUCCAACAUAUAAAUGGAUGCAAGUCAAAAGGAAUGUGCCAAAGCCUCAACUACAGAAAUCCUCGCAAACCAUUUCCGAUUUCCAUAUAAAUCAUCACAUGGUUGAUCCACUACGAGGACUAACGGAGCACAGUUUGAAUAGUGCAGUGCCGCACCAAACUAAUUUCUUAAUGAAUAGCACAAGCACUGGACGUACUAAUUUCACCAACAAACAACUAACGGAGUUGGAAAAAGAGUUUCACUUCAAUAAAUACUUAACUCGAGCAAGGAGGAUCGAAAUUGCGAAUUCUUUGCACCUUAACGAAACUCAAGUUAAAAUCUGGUUUCAGAAUCGCCGAAUGAAACAAAAGAAAAGAAUCAAAGAGGGCUUAGUACCGCACGACGCCCAAUGCCCGUCGCCAAAGCACAUCGCAUCUAGCUCAUCUGAAAGUACACCCGUGAAGACAUCAACUGUUGAAUGUAAUGAUAACAGUCGAGAAUCUACAACCUUGUAAUUUGUCAUAGGAGAUUAUCGACGCGGGACUCACUUUCAUCACAAUUAGUUAAGUUAGAUCUUAAUAAUGAAACUCGACAUCGAAUGUUCCUGUAAUGUAAUUUAUUUGAUAAUCUAGUAGAAAUAAGUAAUUACAAACAAAUGUUGUACAUUUAAAAUCAAAUUACAUUGAAAAUAAAUUAUGAUUC